CCGCUCCGCUUGGCCCGCUAUAUAAGCGGCGCGGGGUCCUGCGGCGCUCGCUCACGCUCGGGGGAGGCUGUGGCGGCAGCAGGAGCAACAGCAGCGAUGGCGGAUUUCGACGCUUAUGACGACCGGGCCUAUAGCAGCUUCGGCGGCGGCCGCGGGUCUCGUGGCGGUUCUGGCCUUGGCCCACGCAAACAGAAAGAGCUGCCAACAGAGCCCCCCUUCACGGCGUACAUUGGAAACCUUCCCUUCAACACAGUCCAAGGAGACAUUGACGCCAUCUUCAAGGAUCUCAGUGUCAGGAGCGUGAGACUAGUCCGAGACAAAGAGACAGACAAAUUUAAAGGAUUUUGUUACGUAGAAUUCGAUGAAGUUGAGUCACUUAAGGAAGCCCUGACAUACGAUGGAGCACUUCUGGGUGACCGGUCGCUCCGAGUGGACAUUGCUGAAGGCCGGAAACAAGACAAAGGUGGUUUUGGUUUUAGAAAAGGUGGCGGCCCAGAUGACAGAGGCAUGGGCGGAGGUCCCCGGGAAUCGCGAGGAGGUGGAUGGGAUUCCAGAGAUGACUUCAAUUCUGGUAGCAGCUUCCGAGAUGACGACUUCCUGGGAGGCAGAGGCAGAACGCGUCCUGGCGACCGGCGAACAGGCGCUCCACCAAUGGGGGGCACUGGUCGCUUCAGGGAUGGCCCUCCCCUUCGCGGGUCUUCCAUGGACUUCAGAGAGCCAACAGAAGAGGAAAGAGCCCAGCGGCCCAGACUCCAGCUCAAGCCACGGACGGUUGACACCCCGCUCAACCAAGUAGCCAACCCCAACUCUGCUAUCUUCGGUGGAGCCAAGCCAAGGGAGGAAGUAGUAAAGGGAGAACAGGAAUGAGCUUGAGAGGGCGAAAACGGGAACGGGAUUGAGGGAGGGACAGGGGGGAGGGGUGGGAGGGGAGAAAAGCGCAAGACAGCCCAGAGUGUCUCUACCUGUGCUCGAACAUUAACCCCGCGACCGCCGUUCCUAUCAUCUGACACUUGCCCUCCUUGAAACAGAAAUGGAAAAAAACAAACAAAAACCCAAACCAGAGCUUGUGAAUGCAUGUCAGCUGUUAACAAGUGGUUUUUAGUACGUUCUUGGCUUUGCUGUUUCUAGUGCCUGCGUUGUCUUAAGUUCUUCCUGCCCCGCCCCACCCUGGUACACAGCUUUUUGCCACCAAAGCACUCCCCCCUUUCACGGAUGUGGACUUCUGUAAACUGAGGUGCUAUUCCAUCUUUCUUCCUCCGGCUCUUCUUCCAAGACACAGGGGUCAAGCCUUCAGACCCCGUUGCGUAUCGUUCCGAGUUAACGUGGUGCUCCUCUUUCUCCCCACCCCCACCCCUGCAUGCUUUUCAUCCCCUUCUGCGGCCCUAAACUCAAGAGUCCCGGCCACGCGGAAGACACUUGAGUCCUGGAAUACCGCUCCCCGUAGAAUUAGAUGGCUUACGUAAGCACUGAAUUAAAAUAGGAUCACUGCCUCGGAUCACCCGGCGCUAUGGAAUCGAUGUGAAAUCAUCAGUUGCGUGUGGGGCUUUUUUUUGGCAGACUUUUUUCUUUUCUUUGCUUAGAAAAUUUGAAAUGGCCACGAGAGCAGUGAGAGGUAAUCUGAAGCGAGCACCCAUUCGGAGCGCGUGUUAGCUCUGUCUGUUCCAAAUGCACCUAGAAUUGAGCAAGCUUAAGAGUGGAUGAUGCAGACUUUCUUGGUGUCUUGUCUUUGCCCUGCCCAACGUAAUGCUCCCUUGCACUCACCGGUCGGCACUAUAAACCUGUGCCUACCCAAGUCCCCCAAAGACUGCCUCUUCCAGCUGUUCCUCUUUAAAAAAAAAAAAAAUGCUUGCUACCAGCAUUUUAACUGCUUUCCGGAAACCAGUGGAUUUUUAUUUUUUAUUUUAUUUUGGUUUUGUUUGAAGGAGCAUCUGUCCUUUGCCACUCUGGCGCUGGGCUCUGUCUCUCUCUGCCCCCCUCCCAAAAAAACCCCCCCAACACCCCUUCUCCUGUUCUGCAGAAGGCCACUAUUUGGUCCAUGCUUGGGUUAGCUUUCCCUGAUGGGUUAUACAGUCAAUUUUACAUAACUCUUCUCUGCCCCUCCCCCAAUUGGCGCUGAAAGACACAAAGGCCUGAUAAAGCAUCUUCCAGAGAGAGAGCUAACCCGAACUUCCACGUCUGAAGGGAUUCUGCUCUGCCAGGAACUUUUGAAUGUAAAUCUGGAGGAAAGGUAACUGGACAGUUGUGUAAAAGGGGAGAAGAGCUUCUGUCAACGUGUUCACAUCAGCCCAGGCUAUUAGGCUUCCAGUGUUCAUUCUGGGCAAUGUGGGCCCUCAUGCUACCCAAGAGAUUGCGGGAUAUCCGCUUGAAGCGGGAGUUCACUCUCGUGCAGAUUGUAAAGCUCUAGACUGCAGGGCUGCAAUCUCUCCCCCCGCCCCCUGAUUAAAAUAAGCCAUGCCCGCUAUGUAAAAAUGGGAGUUGGGGGUCCAGUUAGAUCAACAGAAUAGAAUCCCCUCUUGGAAACAGACCGCUCCCAGCAGUGUACAGGAGUAGAGGCUUCUCUUUGCUCCCCACCCCCUCCUUAAAAAGCUGCUUUUGAGGAUAAGAACCAUUUGACUAACGCUAACAUUCUUUGACAUGCAUUUUUUGUGCGAUUGUGUUCCAAACGAAAUCCAUCCAACGACCCUUUCUUUUGUUCUGAAAUGUGGAAAGAGCCCCAAGAUUUUAAGAGCAAAAAGAAAAACAAAAGCGAAGAAGGCUCCUGUGCAAAGCUCACUUCGAGUCGAGACAUUUGACUUUUAAAUGUGUAAAAAUAUAAGACAAACCUUCCAGACACUUAACACAUUCUGCUUCAUGACAAAGUAAAUUUAUGGAUAUGGUAUUUUGUGAAUGAUCUUUUAAAUAAAGAAAACAUUAAGUAAUACUUAA